GCCCAUUGAAUCGUGAUAUUUAGCGACUUUCGUAAAAAAUAUCGUAUGCGACAAUUUUCAAGAAUACGAGCCCGAGGCUCAUCUGCUAUUCCAUUCAUGCUUUUUUCGUGUCAUGUUUCAUAUUCUGGCCACGAUAUUCGUAAGAGGGCGCUAAUGCACAGCGAGAUUUCUCUGGUAUGUUAAAUCCCGUAAGGUUAACAAUCUUUAUUAGUAUCUCGUCAGUGACUGCGGUGAAGCGUUAUUAGAGUAGAAGAGGUCGUGGUAACUGGUUGGUAGUCUAUGGCACGCUACACUAUGUGUUUAUGUUGUUGGAGGCACGCGUUUUUGGCACAUGUUGACACAAUCUAAUUUGUUUCAUAAACAUCCGCGGCAGAUUGCAAGCGUUUGCGAAUACUUUUCACCAUGUAUUCUAUAUGUAAAAGUACCCAUCCUGCGACCGGUGUCGAACAUGCAAUUAAUUGUAAUUUUUUCAAUCGUACCGAAAGAUGUCUUGUUGUUGCUGGCGCAAAUGUUAUACGUGUUUUUCGUUUAAUUCCGGAUAUCGAUGUAACAAAAAAAGAAAAAUAUACAGAAAUACGUCUCCCUAAGAUGAAAUUAGAAUGUUUGGCACAAUAUACUUUGCAUGGAAAUAUUAUGUCUAUGCAAGCUGUGCAUCUUAUUGGAUCACAGAAGGAUUCUUUAUUAUUAAGUUUUCGUGAUGCAAAAUUGUCUGUUGUGGAAUAUGAUCAAGAUAUCCAUGAUCUGAGGACAGUAUCUUUACAUUAUUUUGAAGAAGAAGAAAUAAGAGAUGGAUGGACAAAUCAUCAUCAUAUACCUAUUGUAAGAGUAGAUCCUGAAGGAAGAUGUGCAGUAAUGUUAAUAUAUGGUAGAAAAUUAGUAGUACUACCAUUUCGUAAAGAUCCCAGCCUUGAUGAUGGUGAUUUACUCGAUACUGCAAAGUUUGCAUCUUCCAAUAAAACCCCUAUUUUAUCUUCAUAUAUGAUAGUGUUAAAAACACUGGAAGAAAAAAUGGAUAAUGUGAUAGAUUUACAGUUCUUACAUGGUUAUUACGAACCUACAUUAUUAAUUUUAUAUGAACCAGUAAGAACAUUUUCAGGACGCAUUGCGGUGAGGCAAGACACUUGUGCAAUGGUUGCCAUAUCCUUGAACAUUCAGCAAAGAGUUCAUCCUAUCAUUUGGUCUGUUUCUAAUUUACCAUUUGACUGUUAUCAAGCUGUACCAGUGAAGAAACCACUAGGUGGUACAUUGAUAAUGGCAGUCAAUUCACUUAUUUAUUUGAAUCAGAGCAUACCACCUUAUGGAGUAUCACUUAACAGUUUGGCAGACACGAGUACAAAUUUCCCAUUGAGACCACAAGAUGGAGUAAAGAUAAGUUUAGAAGGAGCUCAGGUUGCAUUUCUGUCUGCAGAUCGUUUAGUCAUUUCCUUAAAAAGUGGAGAAUUAUAUGUUUUAUCUCUUUUUGCCGACAGUAUGCGAUCUGUACGUGGAUUUCAUUUUGACAAGGCUGCUGCUAGUGUUUUAACAUCAUGUGUGUGCAUGUGCGAAGAUAAUUAUCUUUUUCUUGGUUCUCGACUCGGUAAUUCGUUGUUGUUACGAUUUACGGAAAAAGAACCAGAAACUAUAAAAAGUUUGGACGACGGCGAAAUUAACAUCGAAGACAAUGACAACGAAGAACCUCCAGCUAAAAAGGCAAAGCAAGACUUUCUCGGUGACUGGAUGGCAUCUGAUGUGUUAGAUAUUAAAGAUCCAGAAGAAUUGGAAGUGUAUGGUAGUGAAACACAUACAUCCAUUCAGAUUACUUCAUAUAUUUUUGAGGUCUGUGACAGUCUAUUAAAUAUUGGACCAUGUGGGAAUAUUUCCAUGGGAGAACCAGCUUUUCUGUCAGAGGAAUUUGCUCACAAUCAGAAUCCCGAUGUAGAGCUCGUAACGACGUCUGGAUACGGUAAAAAUGGAGCAUUAUGUGUACUCCAACGUUCUAUACGUCCUCAGGUCGUGACAACAUUUGAAUUGCCAGGCUGUGAAGAUAUGUGGACUGUUAUUGGUUCAUUAAAUAAUGACGAGCAAGUUAAAUCAGAAACAGAAGGAUCUCAUGCUUUCUUAAUAUUGAGUCAGGAAGAUUCAACUAUGGUAUUGCAAACUGGUCAAGAAAUCAAUGAAGUAGAUCAAAGUGGAUUUAGCACACAAGGGAGCACAGUAUUCGCAGGAAAUCUUGGUGCUAAUAGAUACAUAGUGCAAGUCACACAAAUGGGAGUGCGUCUUCUGCAAGGCAUUGAACAAAUUCAACAUAUGCCCAUAGAUCUUGGCUGUCCAAUUGUGCACGCGAGUUGUGCCGAUCCAUAUGUAAUUUUACUUUCGGAAGAUGGACAAGUGAUGCUACUGACGCUCCGAGAAGUUAGAGGCACAGCGAAAUUGCACGCUCAGACUGCAAAUUUAUUGUUUCGUCCCCAGAUAGAAGCAUUAUGCGCUUACAGAGAUGUAAGCGGCAUUUUUACGACACAACUGCCGGAAAGCGCGGAAGACGAGCAAACUGAAGAGGAGCACAACGUCGAGGAACCAUCGAUAAUCGGCAAUAUAGAUAAUGAGGACGACCUCUUGUACGGCGACGCACCGGCAUUUCAAAUGCCCACGCCGUCACAUCCAAAAACGGACGGAACUACAAAGAAAAUACCUUGGUGGCAAAAGCACUUGCAAGAAAUUAAACCCACUUACUGGUUACUUGUGUAUAGAGACAGCGGAACAUUGGAGAUUUAUUCGUUACCUGAUUUAAGAUUGUCUUAUCUUAUUCGCAACUUCGGCUAUGGUCAAUAUAUGCUACACGAUAGCAUGGAAUCCACGACUCUGCAAUCGGCACCGAUCAAUGAGACUCUCAAUCCUGAGUUGCAGGUUCGUGAAGUUUUAAUGGUCGCUCUAGGACAUCACGGGAAUCGACCUAUGCUCUUGGUACGUCUCGAUUCAGAGCUGCAAAUUUAUCAAGCUUACAAGUAUCCAAAAGGACAUCUAAAACUGAGAUUUAAGAAAUUGGAUCAUGGGAUUAUCCCCGGACAUUUAAGUCGGAAACCAAAGGAAGAAGACGUGCCAGUGAAUGCAAACGAAACUCGCAUUUGCAUGAUGCGUUAUUUUAGCAAUAUCGCUGGAUACAACGGAGUAUUUAUAUGUAGUGAUUAUCCACAUUGGAUAUUUUUAACAGGGCGCGGAGAACUUCGCACGCAUCCGAUGGGCAUCGAUGGCUCUGUCACAUCUUUUGCUGCUUUUAACAAUAUUAAUUGUCCACAAGGUUUCUUGUACUUUAAUAGAAAGGAGGAGUUAAGGAUAUGCGUUUUACCGACUCAUUUGUCUUACGAUGCACCUUGGCCAGUUAGAAAAGUACCUUUGCGGUGUACACCGCAUUUCGUUACGUAUCAUCUCGAGAGUAAAACUUAUUGUGUCAUAACGAGUACAUCGGAACCUUUGAAAAGUUAUUACAGAUUCAAUGGUGAAGAUAAGGAAUUUACAGAAGAGGAUCGUCCGGAAAGAUUUCUUUAUCCGUCUCAAGAACAAUUUUGCAUAGUACUGUUUUCUCCAGUUUCAUGGGAAACUAUCCCCAACACAAAAAUCGAAUUAGAUCAAUGGGAACAUGUCACAUGUCUGAAAAAUGUUUCUCUGGCAUACGAAGGAACGAGAUCUGGUCUGAAGGGUUACAUUGUACUGGGAACGAAUUAUAAUUACGGCGAAGAUAUCACCAGUAGAGGACGAAUACUUAUAUUUGAUAUCAUCGAAGUAGUACCUGAACCGGGCCAGCCAUUAACGAAAAAUAGAUUUAAGCAGAUUUAUGCGAAGGAACAGAAGGGUCCCAUAACUGCUAUAACGCAAGUAUCUGGAUUUUUAGUCACAGCAGUUGGUCAAAAGAUUUAUAUUUGGCAAUUAAAAGAUAAUGACCUCGUAGGAAUUGCAUUUAUCGAUACUCAGAUUUAUAUUCAUCAAAUGUUGAGUAUAAAAAGUCUAAUUCUGAUAGCAGACGUGUACAAAUCGAUUAGUUUGCUAAGAUUUCAAGAAAAGUGCAGAACGCUCUCUCUCGUUAGUAGAGACUUUAGACCUGCGGAAGUAUACACAAUAGAGUAUUUGAUUGAUAAUACAAAUUUAGGUUUUCUAAUUGCUGAUGGAGAAAGUAACUUAGCUUUAUUUAUGUAUCAACCGGAAUCUAGAGAAAGCCUUGGUGGCCAAAAAUUAAUCAGAAAGGCAGAUUUUCAUUUGGGACAAAAGAUAAAUACCUUUUUCCGUAUCAAAUGUAGAGUUACUGACGUUGCAAGUGACAAGAAGCAUUUUUCUGACGCAGAUAAGAAGCAUGUUACAAUGUAUGCAUCGUUAGACGGAAGUCUGGGUUACGUACUACCAGUACCGGAAAAAACAUAUCGGAGACUACUUAUGCUACAAAAUGUAUUGGUGACACAUAUUUGUCACAUUGCAGGUUUGAAUCCAAAAGCAUAUCGCACAUAUAAAAGUUAUGUACGAAAUCAAGGUAAUCCAGCAAGAGGCAUUAUUGAUGGUGACUUGGUUUGGCGCUAUCUUUCCUUGCCUAAUAAUGAGAAAGCAGACGUAGCCAAGAAAAUCGGAACGCGCGUUCAAGAAAUUAUUGAAGAUAUUACGGAAAUUGAUCGACAGACAGCGCAUUUUUAG